GGUGUUGUUGCAGGGACAAUGCAUGCUUUGCUCAAAGGCUACAGCUGAUGUUGCCCCUGCGCUGCUUUGCCUCAUGCUUUGCACAGGACUGCAGGGGGGUGUUGUCGGCCCAGGACGGCCUCCGGUGUCUCUGUCGGAGGAGCCAGGCUAAAGGCUAAAGGAGCUCACAGGCUGUAAUCCCCGGAUGAAACCAUCAUGGCUGCCACUCGCUGAGCUGUCAAGCUCUCCACAAAAGAAAAGAGACCUGAAAAGACAUGGACUUGGUAGAUGUUUGCACAGCUACCUCCGCAGGAGACAAUAAACGGGUUGUCAACAAGAAGAAUAGAGAUUGGCGCAAACGACUCCGCCUCAGGAAGACUGCCGUUCAGCCCUCAACUAUGCAAAGUAAAGAUAAGCAUGGACCAAAGAAGAUAGCGCAGAAGUGGGAGCAAAAUGCAGCGUGGACUUCAUCGAAGAGGUCCCCCCAGAAAGCACAACAGAGUCAACACAGGACAAAAAACAGGGGAAACAUACUCAGGUUCAAAUGCUCUCAAUGCAAGGACAACUUGGAAUAUGUUCCCAAAGACUUAGUGAGACACUUUAAGGAAACUCACAAAGGAUGUACACCCGUUUUUCCUUGUCAAGUGUGUGCUUUCAGUACACAUGCAUUCUCCUACCUUCAAGUUCAUCUUUUAAGCCACGAGAACACUUUUUCUACUUGCAGCAUUUGUAAUGACAAUGUUCAGCGCACAUGCUCUGAAUUCAGUUCACAUAUGACCAUGAAUCACAGCCAAAAUGGCAAAUAUACAUGUGCAACAUGUGAGAAAUUCUCCACAACUGAUGCAAGAACUUUUUUAGAGCACAUGUGUCUACAUGACGUCAGCCUCGAAAGAGGUCGAGAAAUUGAUCAGAAAUUUCAGAAACAGUACUGUGGCAAUGAAGCACCCUCAAAACAGCUGAUGACAAACAACACAAAUGUUGGCCCUGACGGCCAGAACGCUAACGAGAACAUGAAGGAGGUUGACCCUUUAACCAUCAAGCCAAAUGACUCAAUCCCAAAAAUGAAGCAUAGAUUGACAAGAAAUGCAGGUAGGGAAAUGUGUUGGUUGUCUAAGGACUGUCUCUCUUUGCCAGGGAGAGAAUUCUUGGAUAAAUACUGCAGCCUCUCGGAUCCCAAAUCAACGCUAGAGGAGACCCAGCAGUUUUUGAUGAGGUCUGCAACUGGGGAAGCAGGGGACCAGAAAUGGACCAAGGCUCUAAAGACGGUGCUGUCAAAUGUCCCUCAAGACAUGAAUCUCCUUCCAAAGUCAGAAAAUGGCAUAAUGUCCAACUCUGGAUUCCCAAACAGCAGCAAGGAUCUCACUGUCCUCACGGUAAAGAACAAGAUAACAGUACCCCAGAACGGUAACAAUUACGCCAAAAGGUUCAAAAUGGUGGCGCCUUCAGAUAAAGAGGAAACUGCCAGUGCUGCUGUUGAUGCUUAUUGUGUAUUUGACCCAAACAGAAGUCAGUCAGAUUUGAAUGAUCAGACCCCCUGCCCACAGAUUGAAAUGACUCUGAAUGAUGGCGCCUCACCCUCAGCCCAAAAUGAGCCAGCUGAGUGCACCCAAAUCCAAGAAAACAGAGAGAAUCAGGAACUGAAGAUUGACCAGGACAUCGAGGAGCCGAAAAAUGCAAAUCCAAUCGAGGAUGCCUCCAAAGAGCCAAAGCUGACAAAUGAGAGUGAUGAUCAGACACCCGUUCAUAAAGCCUUACCUAAAAGUAAGGGCAAGAAAAGAAAACUGAGAAGGAGGAUUAGAUCUAAAACUGCAAAAAAAGGAGCAUUAGGCCUGAAGAUAGUUUUGAAGAAGAAUCCGGUUAAGGAUGCGCAGUGGGUGUCACGAAGCCCUUCAUCUUUGUCCUGUGUUUUGCUGGAUAACCAUCAACUACCAAACCCUCAUACAUCUUUGGAGGAGGCACAGCAGUUUCUCCAAAGAGCAGUGCCAACAGAAAAUGACCAGAUCAAAUGGACCAGUGCUCCCCAGGCUGACCAGUGCACCCUCUCCACAGCCGUCACAUCUACAUCUGAAUCACAGUUAACAUCAGGGGAGGAUCACCAGCCACAGCUCAGCGCAUGCAGCGACCUUGGCACGCACAUGGCCGAAAACAAUCUUUCAUUUUCUCCUGAUUGCACUAAAAAGCCCAUAGGGUUGAAAACUAUGGAUGAAAAGACACCACAAGUGCUCAAAACCAUGCCAUCAGCAGAUCAGGAAGUCCAUGAUGAAACGGAGCAGCCAGUGCAGCCCACGGAAACAGAAGCUGACGGGAGCAGUCCAGCCAGUAAGACAGGUCCGUCUGAUUUGGAGAAUCCAUCAGUGCCGAGAGCAGAGAGGAACUCUGAAAAUGUGCUGCUCCAAAACUCUGACAGUGUCAUGGACUGCCAUGUGCCAGACAGUGAGGGAGGUUCAAUCACUGAUGGCAUGGCUUGUCUCAGAAAUUAUGCUGAGUCUUCCCCUGUCUCCCAACCUGUCAUCGCACCACAGGGUGAGACACCCCCUGAAGAUUCAAGCCUGGCUGUUUCUUUAGAGCAGGGAGUCCAAGGGAAGAGAGAGAGAGAACUGCCCACACAUCCUUGCCCAGAUCCCCUCAGCAACACCACCACACCCUCCAGCCAAAACAUCCAAGAGGGGCCCUCCCCUGCCUCGGUGCAUCAGUGGCAGCCGGCCCCAAGAAACAUAGAGAGGACCCUAAAGAUAAUAGCUCUGAGUCCAAGUCAACUGGUGAAGCGUCCUUUGGGAAACCAGCCGGUUGUGGUGCUAAAUCAUCCAGACGCCGACAUCCCUGAGGUUAUCAAGAUCAUGGAGGUCAUCCACAGGUACAAAGGAGAGGUCCAGAAGGUGAUAUUGUCAAGCAAAACACUGAAAGCUCUCUCAGCCAUUGAUGGCGAGAUUCCUGGGGCAAAUGACCCAGCAGAUGCCCAAACCACAUCUCCCAGACAAAACUCGGUGCAAGAGAGGUUCAUAUUGAAACUGAAACUCAGACGGAUGAGCAGGAAAAAGUAUCAAGUGGUUGGCGCGGUUUCUCCUAGCAGGGAUCUCCCGGUGAAAUUUCGCUGCUGGUUUUGCGGCAGGGUCUUUGCCACUCAGGAGGCGUGGAUGGUCCAUCGACAGCGACAUCUGAUGGAGUGGAAAAGUCCAAACUGUGAAAAUUCUUAAAUGUCGCCCACACUGGACAACAAAAUGGCAUGGAAGGUGACUGCAAUAUGACUAGAACAAUAAUGGACAGAAUUAUCUCACUUUUUUUUUUUUUUUUAAAAAUGUCUUAAUUAAGAAUGGUUUCUUAGUAGGAUAUAGUGAAGACCAUUGUCACAUUUGCUGGAGGGUUCACACUCAGGGUAAUUUAAACAUUUACUUUUGUUUCUCUCCCAGUCUGCGUAGCUUCAUACAAACUCUGUAGACAAGUUGGAAUUCAACAAGCCGCUGUGAUGUGGUAUUGACACCUUAGUUCUUUGUAUUGUUUAUAUUUUGUCGACACAAUAGCUUUGUUAUUUAAGGUGAUCUAAGUACACUGUCAUAAGGAAUCUUUCAUAGAACACUGUAAUAUGUAUAUUUGCCAUACCAGCUGAGUUUUAUGAACCAGUUUAUGUACGGGUAGGCUAUACAGUGUGGUAGCUAUAAUAUUUAUGUUUUUUUGUAAUGGGACAUACAGAUCCAAGUUACUCAGAUAUACCAAAAUUAUGUGUUAAAGACAAUAAGCUGUUUUAUUCAACAUUUAUUUAUGACUUUCAGGUCUAGCCUUUAUAUUCUUUCUCUGACGGGCCAUUGGAAGAAUCAGUGUAUUUGUAAAAUUUUUGUAUAAACUCCCAAUUAUGUUAAAAUAUAGUAUUAUCUGUGUGAGGCGCAUUUUCAGGCGUUUGUCCUUGGGGAGUGAGCAUCCCAAAGGACACAACUACUUCUAAAGCUAAACCUGUGGUAUGUGAUGUCAGUGAAUUGCUUUUGAAAUCUAGAUUUUUAAACACCACCAGGCCUAGAUAAUUUGAGCAUGAUUUCCUCAAAUUCCUCUCUUUUGACUUGAAAUGAAAAUCUUGUAAUUGCACUAUGAAGGGAGGAUUUAUAUUUCCCAUUACCUCACCUUAUCAGGCCUAAGCCUAUGACAAUCUCAUCCUGUGUCCAACUGCUGCCACACAUUUCCUGAUGUAGCCAUGAUCCCUCAGCAUCCGGGGCAAGGGAACUGGGGCUUGUAUGUGGCAGUGUGGGACCAUUGGACAGAUGUACCUAAAUCACUUGUAGCCCAACUUUCAGAGUGCAAACUUUAGCGCCAGUAGCUCAUUGUGUAUAUAUUCCUCAAUUUCGAUAAAAAAAAUUAUAAUUGUAUAUAAUCUGACUAGAGGUACUGUAAAAUAUUUACCUGAGAAAUCUGUUCACCAAGUGCCUAGCAAUUUUUGUUAUGCAACAGGUCUGCAUGAAUAUGAUAGCAUUACUCGUUCAAUGGAUAAUAAAAGAAAAUAGUUUGUCA